GUGUACGCGACGCACCCAUGACCAUGGAUCCUUCACUCCCCAACCUUCCGCCGAUCUCUCCAGUCGUUGCAUUCGCUCAGCAUGGGGCUCUGGUCCAACGAGGGCAUCACGCAUAAUGUGUGGACUGCCUACACCUUCACUCUUUUCUUCUGGUCUGCUCGCAGUAUCCUGUUCCAGCAGGUUGUAGCAGGCUACGUGUUCGUGUUGACGCAAUCGAACAAGCCCGUGGGCAUUGUCAAGGGCAUUCAGGGCAUCUCGCAGCUCUUAUUCUCUCUACCGGGAGGCUAUUUCGCCGACCAUAUCCGCCGCGACACGAUCCUCAAGCUCUCGGGCGCUAUCGGCAUCGUUGGCGCCGUUAUUACCUUCUUCUCCGUUGAACUGACAUCCAUCAACGGAUUAUACGUGGCCUUCGGGCUCUGGGGGCUCUUCGCAGCCUUCCAGAGUCCAGCGAUGGAGGCUCUUUUCGCCGAUUCCAUCCCUCCUGGAAAACGCAGCUUCCCCUUUAUGAUCAAGUACAAUAUCAGCAAUUUGGCACAGAUGCUGGGACCUGUGCUCAGUAUCUUUCUCUUCUUGUUCUACGGCGAUCAGUGGCAAUUACCAGAGCUUAAACCUGUACUCGAGUUCGGCUGUGUAUUAGCCGUCAUUGGCUCAAUCAUUCUGUUCCAAUUCGAUGACGACCGUGCCAAGGACUAUUUAGUAGAUAAGACUGCAGAGGAGAAAGAAGAAGAAGAAGCUUUACUGGAGAAAAUGGUACAGCCCUCACCGCUACGUACACCCAAACUGGUGGGUAACGGCAGUGAGAUCGACAUGGUCUACGACUACUCGGAUGAAGACGAUAUCACUGUGGAUAAGAAGUCUCCUCCUACAGUGACAGAGAACACGGCGUUGCUGUUGUUAAAGGGCAAAACAGCGCAGGAGAUGGAUCUUGAACGUCAACAGCGCUUACAAGAAGUGGGCGACGAUGAGGAGGGCUACAUGGCUCACAUUGAUGCCAAGUUCCUCUGCUUCCGCACCAAACACGUGCCUUAUAUCCUGUUCGUAUCGGACUUUAUUAUCAGCAACGGUGCAGGCAUGACGAUCAACUUCUUCCCGUUAUUCUUCAAGGAGGAGUACGGACUCACCCCGAUCCACGUCUGUGCGCUCUUCAUGAGUCAACCACUCGUCGUUAUGAUCUUGUCGUUCGUUGCACAACGUUUGUCCAAGCCCUGUGGUCGCAUGCCAAUUAUUGCCUUCACUCGUGCAUUCUCCGUGGCGUGUCUCUUCUCGAUGGCUUAUGCACAGCCGAUGGCUCUGCAGAUAAUACUAUUCCUGAUGAGAGGUGGCAUGAUGCGCUGCUCUCAGCCUUUGCGGCGCUCGAUCUUGAUGGACUACGUGCCUAAGAACAUUCGUGCGCGCUGGAAUGCGUUGGAGGGUCUUUCGGUGUUCUCGUGGUCGGGAAGUGCAGUGCUUGGAGGCUUUUUGAUCGAUGCCUAUGGUUACCGGAUGUGCUUUAUCAUCACAUCGCUCGUUUAUUGUGCUGGCUUGAGUUUGGAGAUGUUCCUCUUGCCACUGACCAAGCACGCCGUUGAGAGAUAAGCUAAGUAGCAACAACGAACACGUACACUACAACGACACUUGAGCAAGUGCUUGUCUGCACACUGUCCUGCACCUUCACGGGCCAAUCGGCAAAUAACAAAGGUUCAUUCUCAUUUGAAGCGGGAUUCGCGUGUUCGGUAUCACAUUACCUCUACGACGAAAUAGUAAACCCCAAUGGGAAAUAGACCGCGUCAAGACCCCCAUAACGGACGCAAUGACUCUUAGGUCAAUGUCUUAGAUGUAGGUCAGCACAAUAGAUCUCCAACGCAUGUCGA